UAUUUACCUUCUACGGAAAGUUAAUUUGGUACUUCUUGAAUCAACUGAAGUAUUUGGUGUUAGAGGUGAUGGCGUUGAUAAAAAAAGAGUUAUUCAGUUAUAUUUGUAAAUUUCCGCAAAUCGGUGCCCGUGUGACAAACAUGCUGCUCCUGAUCCUGUUCCUAUUACAGGCCCCUCUGCACUUCGCCCAAGACCAGUCUACUCCAGACAGCACAAAAACCAUAAAUAUGGUUGAUUUCUCGCGCGGCUUGGCCAAAUUCUCCUUCCGAGUGUACAACCAACUGAUCAAGAGGAAACCCAAUCAGAACAUCAUUUUCUCGCCCUUGUCAAUUCGAACAGGCGGAGCCAUGAUUCGGAUGGGAGCCAAAGGAAUUACAAGAGGGAAUUUAGAUAACGGCCUUGUACUUGUUUACAAAAAAGAAGCAGAGAUUCCCGAGAGUUUUCACAAUGUGCUCGAAGCUUACAAGACCAGUAGCAUUCUGCGUUUUGCCAACAGGAUCUAUAUCAAGGCUGGCUAUGAGCUGAAGGAUGAGUUCAGUUCAAUAAUGUCCAAACAGUUUCUAUCCGAUGUCAAGUCCAUAGACUUUGACAAGAAUGUCGAGGCUGCAAACCAAAUUAAUUACUGGGUCUCACUGCGAACCAACAACCAGAUAAAAGAUAUAGUUCCACCAAGUACAUUGAAUGGGGAUACGCAAUUGGUGUUGAUCAAUGCGAUGUCCUUCAAAGGAAACUGGGUGCAUCAAUUCUCAGAAAAUCACACCAGAAAUGAAGCUUUCUAUUUGAGCGAUUCCAGCGGCAUCAGGGUACCUACGAUGAACAUGCUAAAGCGUUUGAAAUAUGCAGAACUAUCUGCACUUGAUGCCACUGCACUGGAAUUGCCCUACAAAGACUCGGACUUGUCCCUACUGAUCGUGUUGCCUAAUAGCAAUACUGGUUUACCACAGCUGGAGAAGAAACUUUCCAAUACAACGUUUUCUCAAGUUACGGAAGCGCUCUACUCGACCGAUGUAAUUGUCAAACUGCCGAAGUUCAAGGCCGAAUUCGAUAUAGAGUUGACAGAAACCUUCAAAAAGCUAUAUAUGAACGAAAUAUUUUCGGAUAAGGCUGACUUAAGCAGAAUAAUCAAAGGCUCAGAAAAACUGAAAGUGUCGAAAAUCAUUCACAAGGCUGUUAUCGAAGUGAAUGAGAGGGGCACUGAGGCAGCUGAAGCCUCCGGAAUAGAAAAAGUUACCCAUAAAACGACACGUAUAUUUAAUGCCGACCAUCCAUUUAAUUAUUACAUUGUCAAGGAUCAUAAUUUGAUAAUAUUUGCUGGAAAGCUUUUAAUUUUGUACUUGUGGAAUCAACUUGAGUAUUUGAUGUUAGAGGUGAUGGCGUUGAUUUAUAAACUUCCACAAAUCAGUGCCCGUAUGGCAAACAUACUGCUCCUGUUGCUGGUCCUAUUACAGGCUGCUCUGCCCUUCGCCCAAGACCAGUCCAGUAUAUUCUCGCGUGGCUUGGCUAAAUUCUCCAUCAACGUGUACACCAAGCUUGUAGCAGACAACCCCAAUGACAACAUCAUUUUCUCACCAUUCUCAAUCCAAACCUGUGCAGCCAUGGCGCGCUUAGGAGCCAGCGGCAGAACAGCAACCCAAUUGGAUCGCGGUCUGAAUCUGAUUUCCAAUAAUGCGAUAGAGAUUGCCGAGAGUUUCCACAAUGUACUAACAGCAUUCGAAAAAAGUAGCGUUCUUCGCAUUGCCAACAAAAUCUACAUCAAGAGUGGCUAUCAGCUGAGGGAUGAGUUUAGUUCACUAAUCUUCAAAAAGUUUCUAUCCGGUGUCGAGCCUAUAGACUUUACCCAAAAUGAAAAGGCUGCACGUGCCAUUAAUUCCUGGGUGGAACAACGAACCGAAAACCUUAUAAAAGAUCUGAUUUCACCAAGUGCAUUGCCUCAAGAUACGCAGUUGGUGUUGAUCAAUGCGGUACACUUUAAGGGAACCUGGGCCCAUCAAUUCCCAAAGAUUGACACCAGAAAUGAAAAGUUUUAUUUGAACAAUGACAAUAGCAUAGAAGUACCCAUGAUGAAAUUGACGAAGAGAUUCAGAUAUGCGGAACUAGAUUUUCUUGAUGCCACUGCACUGGAAUUGCCCUACAAGGACUCGGACUGGUCCCUGCUGAUUUUGUUGCCUAAUAGGAAGACUGGUUUGCCACAACAGGAGAGGAAACUUCGCGGAACUCAACUUUCUCAAAUUAGGGAAAAACUCUACUUGACCGACGUAAUUGUGAAACUGCCAAAGUUCAAAUCAGAAUUCAAGGUGGAGUUGAAAAACACUUUUAAGCAGCUGGGAAUGUCCGAAAUGUUCUCAGAUAAGGCUGAUUUUAGUAGAAUGAUCACAAGUCCGGAGCAGUUAAUAGUGUCGAAAAUCUUUCACAAGGCUGUUAUCGACGUGAAUGAAAGGGGCACUGAGGCAGCUGCAGCCACAUCAAUUGUAUUUAUUCCUAAAAUGGGUCACAUAAAACCACUGAAGCCAAAAAAAUUCAAUGCAGAUCAUCCAUUUAACUACUAUAUCAUCAAUAAUCAAAGUACUGUGCUCUUUGCUGGAAAGCUACUUAAUCCUUAAGGAAAAGGGAAUUUAUAAUAUUUAAUCUGAUUAAUAAAAAUAAACGCAAUCUAAAAGCCUUCAA